UUUGUGUCUGCGUUGUUCUGCCGUCCCGCUGACUGCGUCCUGUUCCUCAGACUCUGCGGGUUCGAGCCCUUCUUUGACCCACGGGGGGAUCAGUACAUGUACAGCCGCAUCCUCAACUGCGACUACGAGUUUGUGUCUCCGUGGUGGGACGACGUCUCCCUCAACGCCAAGGACCUGGUCAGUAAGCUGAUCGUCCUUGACCCUCACAAGCGGCUCAGCGUGCGGGAGGCCCUGCAGCACCCCUGGGUGCUCGGCAAAGCCGCCCGCUUCUCCCACAUGGACACGGCGCAGAGGAAACUGCAGGAGUUCAACGCUCGACGCAAACUGAAGGCCGCCAUGAAGGCCGUCGUGGCCACCAGCCGGAUGCACGAGGGCUCACGGCGUCGCACUGACAGCUGUGAGAUUCCCGGCUCGGGGGCUUCCAGGCAGAGCAGUAUGCAGCAGGACCCGCCCCCUGACGCAGCAAGGCCCGCCCCCGCAGACAAACAGGACCCGCCCCAGGAGCAGCAGCAGGACUCGAAGCCCGCCGAUCGCAGCUCCGUCAGCCCCUCACCUCCGUGCAGCCCCAAUCCACCCAGCUCUGACAUCACGCCCACAGGCCCCGCCCCCACCAGACCUCCGCUGCGGGCCGACGGCCUCCGACAGCCUUCCGUCGUCCCCAAAACUGCGCCGGUCCAGCCCCGACCGCCGCAGAAGAGUUGCUCUGCGAUUGAACCCGCCUCCAGGGUGGAGGCUGCGCCAACGCUGACCACACCCCCGAGUCCCAACAGCCUCAGCAACGGCUUCACGACGGGGGCGGAGCCCGCAAGGGCUUCCACAAACAUCCCAAACACGCUGCACACGUCUCCGCAAAGACCACCCCAAAACUAUCUGAAAAACACAAAUCUACGGUGGCCAGGACAGACCGAACAGGACGGCAGCCUCAGAGAACACACGCAGAAAAACCUGCAGCAUUCACAGAUGAGGACGUUUUACACCACUUUACUUCAUGAUACUGUACUUUAAUGCUUAUAACCCAAAAAUGUUUAGUAGUCGAUAUUAAUACCAAUGAAAUGAUGAAAUGUCACGAGUCUCGAUGCCCAAUUUGAUACCGUGGUGAGACACAAACCAAAAAAAAGUCACAUUACAUCAACACACUCUCAUCCCAAAACCUACCACCUCUGCUGCUGCUCUGCUGCUGCUCUGCUGCAGAGCAGCAGCAG